GUUAUUUACACGACUCGUAAUUUAUUACAAAUCACCGCCGGAAAAACCCAUGUAAACAAAUCUAAAGAAUUUUUAAGAAUUAACAUGAUUUUGAAGUGAUUAAGUCAGAAUAUUUCAUGUGCAAUGUCAAGUGAGGAAGGUGUAAGAGCUACAAAUGAUGACGCGUCCCAGUGCAAAAGAUUUGCCGUUGACAAAGGCUACUGGGCAGACCCCUACAUUUCAAUGUUCACUCCAAAGCCCAAACAAACCCAUGCCCCAGAGAUUAGUAUUGGUUACUACGCACGUGUGAAAGGACUUCGACUGCUGGUUGAGAAAUUUGUUUCGUUGACAAAGGGAAAAUGUCAGGUGAUCAGCCUGGGUGCUGGCUUCGACAGCCUCUACUGGAACUUAAAGGAUGCAGGAACCAAUCCAGCUUCCUAUGUGGAGACAGACUUUCCUGCUGUCACAUCAAAGAAAAUACAGUUUAUCAGGAGAUCACAGGCAUUGCUUCAGAAAAUUACAAGUGAAGAUGAUGACAUCAAGUUUAGCAGUACAGACUUGUACAGUAAAGACUAUCAUCUUAUAGCAGGGAAUCUCAAAAACUUAAAUGAACUGGAUCAUAAGCUCACAGAAUGCGGGAUAGACAAAACUGUUCCAACACUUUUUAUUGCAGAAUGUGUCUUAGUGUAUAUUGAAAAAACUGAUACAGAUAACUUGUUGAAAUGGAUUACUAAAAAUUUUCCAACAGUAUUAUUUAUAAAUUAUGAGCAGGUGAACAUGGGUGAUAGGUUUGGUCAGAUUAUGAUGGAGAAUCUACGUUCCAGGGAAUGUAUGUUACACAGUGAAUACUGUGCCAGCAUACAGACUCAGAUAAAAAGGUGCAUAGACCAUGGUUUUGAUGGUGCUGAUGCCAUGGAGAUGAGACAUGUGCUUUCAAGUCUUCCACAAGCUGAUGUACAGAGAAUUGAGCGGCUUGAGUUUUUAGAUGAGAGAGAGUUGUUAGAUCAGCUAAUGAGCCAUUAUUGUUACUGCUGGGCAUACAAAGAUGCCAAUAAAGUUGGACUAGAGGAAAUUGACUUUACAUGAUCGGUUGUUUUGUUUGAUUUUUUUUGCUGUGCUGUGAAAUAUUUAUGCGUCAUCAUGCUUAAAAAUAGCAUUUUGUUAGGAGGCCUUUUGUUCUAAAGCAAAUUCAUUAACAUCAUAUUUUUAUGCCCCGAAGGGAGGCAUAUUAGUUUUCAACUGUCUGUCCGUUUUCGUCACAACGUUAACUUUUUGCAUGAAGGCACUUUACUUGCAAACCACUGCACCCAGGACCUUCAAACUUCACAUGCUGAUAGUACUUAUUGAGUACACGACCCCUACUGACUUUGGGGUCACCAGGUCAUAGGUCAAGGUCACCAGGUCAAAGGUCAAGGCACUGCGGGGGCAUUUGUCACCAUUAGUGACAGCUCUUGUUAUUACAUUUUUUUUAAGCCCUUAUUUGAAUUUAACUUAAUGUUAAAUGUCAAAUGCAUUAAUACAAUUGCAUGAUUCCUUCCUAAUAUUAAGUAAAGAAAAUAUCUUCCAAAAGGGUAUACAAAAAAAGAAUUAGAGAUAAAAACAAUAUGGCCCAUUUUAAAUAUGAUGACCUGCAUAUUAAAUUAUAUUAUUUAUUUAAUUAAUAUGCUUUUGCUUCUGUUAUGCUGCUGAAGGGGGUAAUUAAUAUUGUAUUCACAUUGUCGGUGGUUCUGCAUAGAUAAAGCACCUGCUCAAAUAAAGAAUAUUUAUAGGUUUUUAGAUUUGCAUCGAGAAAUAUGCACAAGUCCUGCAGUGGAAAUACUGCGCGACUUUGGGAGCGCAAUAUUAUUCCGCGAAAGAAUGUGUUCAUAUUUCUUGAUACAAAUUUAAUAAUCUUUAUGGUUUUUUUCAUGCUACCCCCUACUUCAAAGAAUAUAUUUAUGUUUUUGCUCAAAGUUGGUGGGUCUGUCUGUCAGCCUAUCCUUUUGUAGAUCAUUUAAUUUCCAUCAGAAACUAGAGAAUGCUUUGUCUCCAAUAGUUAAUCUUUAUAGGUGAUUACCUGUGCUAGUCACUGCUAUUGUAUUUGGGGGGUCAAAGGUCAGGGUCACAGUGACCUUGAGAUUGAAAAUGGUGUUUAUGCUUAAUAACUAAAUAAUGCUUUAGUCUAUUGUCAGACUUCUUAGGAUGAUAGCUUGUGGUCAGCAAAUGAUCCCUAAUCUUUUGGGAAUCAGUAAACAUGUCCAAGGUCAUGUUCUCAGUGACUUUGAGACUGAAAUUACUUAAGAAGGCUUUGGCCUACAAUCAUCAGACUUCAAAGAAUGACUGCCUGUGGUCAGUAGAUGACCCCUGUAGUUUUGGGUGUCAGGAGGUCAAAUUCACAGUGGCCUUGUGACUGAAAAUUGUUUCCACUGUAUAAAUAAAGAAUUCCUUGGCCUAGAGUCAUCAAGAUUCAUAGGAUGAUUGCCUGUGGUCAGUAGAUGACAACUGUUGUUUUGAUGGUCAGUUUGCUGAAGGUCAAGGUCAGUGACCCCUGAUAUUUUGAAGUCAAAAGACAACCCUUGCUUUUAAGCUUUUUGCAUAUUCUAGUACUUGUUCUAAAUUACUGAAAUAAUUAUUUUUACAACACAGUACAUCAUAGAAAAAGUAUUUUUCAAACAAACCUCAGGACAUGUUGCUAGAUCACCAAAAUUGUUAUUAUACAGAACAUCUCCUUUCACUCCCAAGUUCAUUUCAACAAACUGCUCUGGAAUAUUCCUGAGAUGGCCCCUGUUUAAUAUUCCUUUUAAAUCAAAGUAAUAAAUGCAGAAUUCUCAUUGCUGUGGCAACCAAAGGGAAAGACUUUAAAAAUCUUGUCCUUUUAAUAGGUUGUUGAUUUCAAAAUAAUUUAAAAGUAAAGUUCCUUAGAUGACCCUGUACCAAAAUUUCAAGCUAUGGUGACUAGUUAAAAAUAUGACCACCAGAGGGUGGGGCAAUAUUCCCAGUAUGGCUAUAUGGACAUUAAAAAUAAUUUCCAGCCUGAAAUUUUCAAAGUAACAGCAAUGUUAACUGGAUGACCCUCUACUUAAUUCCUGCCAGUUAUGGUUGACCCUCUACUUACCGGUAAUUCCUGCCAGUUAUGGUCAUUUGCUGGAAAACUUGGCUGCCAGCAGCGGAGCUGAUUUCCUAAAAGUACUGGCUCAGUAUAAAACUAAUCUCACAACAGUGUUACAUGUAGGACCCUCUGUUAAAUUUCUUCAAGCCCUCUUGAUUGUUAAAAAACAUAGCCGUGAGUGUGUGUGUCCACUUUUCUCUACAUUGCUAAAGCAGAAACUUUGUUAUUCUGUUUGUCAGAAAUUGUUCAAAUUUAUUUCAACAGAAUACCAUUUUGUUAAAACCAUUUAUGCAAGAGAACCUAGCCAUUUUAGCUCGACUGAGCCAAAGGCUCAUGGUGAGCUUUUGUGACCACUCAAUGUCCGUCAUGCGGUGUGCGUCGUGCGUUCGUCAACAAUUUCUAAAAAAAAUCUUCUUCUUGAAAACCACAGCAGAAUUACACCAAACUUCACAGGAAUGAUCCUGGGGUGGCCCACUUUCAAAAUUAUUCAAAGAAUUGAAUUCCAUGCAGAACUCUGGUUGGCAUGACAACCGAAAGGAAAAACUUUAAAAAUCUUCUUUUCCUAAACCGCAAGGCGUAGAGCCUUGAUAUUUGACAUCAUCUUAUGGUCCUCUAUGAAGGCUGUUCAGAUUAUAUCCCUGGGGUAAAAAUAGGCCCCUCCCCGGGGGUCACAAGUUUUACAUAGACUUAUAUAGGAAAAAACUUAAAAAAUCUUCUUGUCUAAAACCACAAGACCUAGGCCUUUGAUUUUGGUAUGUAGCAUUACCUUGUGGUCCUCUACCAAAAUUGUUUAAAUUAUAUCCCUGAGGUGAAAAGAGUCCCAGCCCCGGGGGGUUUCAAGUUUUAAAUAGACUUACAUAGGAAAAACUUUAAAAAUCUUUUUGCCUUAAACUGCAAGGCCUAGGCUUUUGAUAUUUGGUAUGUUGCAUUGCCUUGUGAUCCCCUACCAAAAUUGUUCAAAUUAUGCCCCGGGGCUGAAAAGAGGCCCUGCCCUUGGGAUCCCAAAUGUAACAUAGACUUACAUAGGGGAAAAAAAUCUUCUUGUCAGAAAGUUCAAGGCCUAGGCCUUUGAUAUUUGGUAUGUUGCAUUGCCUAGUGGAUCUUGAACAAGAUUGUUCAAAUUAUGCCCCUGGGGUGAAAAGAGGCUCCGCCCUGGGGUCACUUUUUAUAUGAGUUAUAUAGGAAUAAAUAUUUAAAAAAUUAUCAGAUCAUAUUUCCUGACUGUUUAAUUAUAAUUACCUGAUGACCCCAAGCGAUUAGGGGUCACUUGACCAUGACCUUGACCUGCUUUCUUUUUUUUUAAGAUACAGCCUUGAAAUUUGGAUGACAUGUACAGUUUGGCACAUCGAUCUUAAACUUGACUUUCAGUGACCAUGAAUGUGACUUACUGACCAACUUUCUAAUAUUUUAGCAUCAGUUUGGUAUUUUAAACAUGUGGCUCAUAUUGCUCAGGUGAGCGAUUCAGGGUCAUCAUGACCCUCUUGUUAUAUGUAUAUAGCUUAAAAUUGAAAAAAAAAAUAUUCAUGUCAGAAACAGAAUAAUUUCACAGAUAUUUUACUUUCAUGGCUAUCUACCAAUAUUUUUUUAAGCAAGCGGUGUCACUCAGGUGAGAGAUCUAUGGCUUUCUUUGUCCUUAUGUUGUAUAUUUGAAGACGGAGGAGUGAUGCAACUUCCCUCUAACAUGUUAUCAGAAAUAAAACUAUAAGUGCUGAGGUUUUAUGAUAUUACAGUGUACUCAUAAAUAAUAGAAGAAAAUUAUGUAAAA